UGACAGCUGCUAAUAACUUGUGAUUUUGUUCGUGACCUCCUGAACUGCGAUAAUAUUUGAUUACUGCUAUUAGAACAGUCAAGAAGUGUUCUUGGACUUUUGUAGAAAGAUAUUUUCAUUCAUCAAAAAUGCUCAGUGUAGUUACAGUGCCUACUAACCCCUACGAGGGGCAAAAGCCGGGUACCAGUGGUUUGCGCAAGAAAGUUAAAGUUUUCCUUCAAGAAAACUACACGGAAAACUUUAUCCAGAGUAUCUUGGAUGCUAAUAAAGCAGAUAUUGUCGGCUCGACCCUUGUCGUUGGUGGAGACGGUCGCUAUCUAGUAAAAGAGGUCGUGGACAAAAUCAUCAAAAUUUCGGCGGGCAAUGGUGUAGCAAGACUGUUAGUGGGGCAAAAUGGUAUUCUCUCAACUCCUGCAGUCUCCUACAUCAUCAGAAAAUACAAGACCCUUGGUAAGUAUCUCUAUAUUUAUAUUAUCAGGAGACUUUAUUGAAUU